CGUGGAUAUAUUUACGACACGUGACAGUUUGUGUGCGGUGACUGAUCUGGAUAAAUUUCAAUUGAAUCAGGGACUGUAUUUCUCGUCGGAUUGGAACAAAAAGCGUCCACGAUGUCCUCGGAGUACUCGUUCUGCAGCGAAGGAGGAUUCGACGAGCUGUCGAGUUCCUCGGACUCGGGGUUCGACGUCAGCUUCGAAUCGCCUAAACACGAGAUCCAAGCCGAGUGCCUCUUCCCGCCGGCGAAAGAAGAAAAGAGGAAGAAAACUCGGAACACGCGGUGUAAGAGCCCCACGCAGGUGCUCCGGCUGAAAAGGAACCGUCGCAUAAAGGCGAACGAUCGCGAGCGUCAUAGGAUGCACACGCUGAACGACGCGUUGGAGCGGUUGAGGAUGGCGUUGCCGACUUUCCCGGAGGACACGAAGCUCACGAAAAUCGAGACGCUGCGUUUCGCCCACAACUACAUUUGGGCGCUGUCGCAGACGCUGGGCAACACGGAGACCGGCGAGAUCACGGUGAACGUGGGCAACGUGACGGUGAGCAUCGGCGAGAACGGGAACAUGAUCACGUCGUCGACGGGAAGCUGCGCGGUGGCCGCCCAGAAGCGGCUCGGCCCGUCCCACAACGCGUUCCCCUAUCCGCAGGAGAGAUUCGUCCCCGAAUGGCAAGAAUACGACUGCUACAGCGACCAGAGCGUCAGCCCGCCGAUGCAGUACCAGCCGUGCUACGACCAGAGGAUGUACCACGCGCAACACCAGCUGCCGCCGACCCACCACAUGGGCCACAACAACAUGUACCAGUGUCUUUAGGAAACGUUUUUCGACGGUGCGAGGUUCAAUUUACUUCGAAUCCGCGAUGACCCACUUGCUUGAAGUCCGCACGGUUCAAUUUAUCUGAUAUCUGUACGGGUACGAUGACGACAGUGAAAAUAAAACGACCGGGCCAAGUGAACGCGCGAGAAAGAGAGUAAUCUCGGUGUUAGGGGUGUUAUCAUAGCGGCGUUGGAUAGAGGAGGUUUUUGCGAUUAAAAUGAGUCCAAACACGAUAGUGAUCGAAUCAGAAAAAGCUUAUCACUAGAUACAGGGUGGUCGAAAUGUCUUGACCGCUAUUCCUUGCGUUCGAUAAUAGGAGAAAUCGAUACAAAAUAUCGGGGAGGAACGUUGUAUCGUUUGAAUGGACAAUUGUGACGAUGAUGAAACGAUCGUAAUCUUUGUUAUUUCAAUUCGUCAAUGUUUUGAUCGCGUGUAGUCAAGAUGCAUCCAAUGACCCGUAAUCAGUAACCAAAAAAAUACUUCGCCUCGCUUUUCUUCUCAAAUGAUCGAAGACAACUGAAUUACUCAAACUCUCUCUCUCUCUCUCUCUCUCUCUCUCUCUCUCUCUCUCUCUGAUCGAAUUAUUCUGCUCACCCUGUAGAUCAGUUUAUUAAUUAACCGUAGAUUGGCUUAAACAAAUGCGAAUUGCGUCGUGUUUGGACUCAUUUUAAUCGGAAAAAUCUCGGCUAUCCGUUGCCGCUACGAUUACAAAGAUAACGUUGAAUUUCUCUCCCGCGUGUUUAUUUUUUUACCGGUUGCGGGGUCCAUUUAAAUGCCGAAACUCGUCCGUCGGCGAUUGUAAAAAUGAUUAGGCCAGUGCGAGCGGUGAUCGUUAUUUACUUUGUAAGAGAGUACUCUAUAUGAAACGAAUUUCUAGGAUUAAGCGAUAAGAUUCUUUAUGAUUAUGAUGGCAACGCCUAAACUCUUGCCCGUUCUUCGAGUCGCAGCUUUAAUUUGACCAGUCUACGAUCGGCGUAGGAAUUACUGCGCGCUGAUUGGCUGACGCUGAUCGGCUGACGCGUGGGUCGCUGGACCCAUUCGCGAUUGGAUGCGCAGCAGAGUGGUGGGGAUGGAAACACUAUAUUAGGCGAGUGAAACGUGCAGAAGCUUAGGCGUUGCUGCUUUCUAUUCCGCCAGGCACGUACUACGAACCGCGUUCCUUUUUCUUUCUAGUCAUCGAUCAUUCUCGGUUUGAUCUCGAACGAUUGAUCUCAUCCCUUGUUUCUAGGUUUAGCGUAAGCUUAGCGCGCGACUCCGCCAGUGCUCUUAUUGUAUUGUGAAACCGCCGAUUCAGGGAAUAUAUAUUGUACAGAAUUUAUAUCUUAUAUCAAUAAAUCAUAUUUUAACUA